GAGUGGUUUACCAGCGAAUGCUAUUCGGCCAUCGAUUCGAUUAAAGAUCCUUCCAAAACGGCCAUUAUUGCGGAAUAUAAAAGGCAAUCGCCAUCCAAAGGCAUCAUCAACGACCACAGUUUGGUGAGCGAUGUGGUGGGUGCUUAUCAAACAUUGGGCGCAUCGGUGGUAUCCAUACUUACCGAUACGGCAUUUUUUGGCGGAGGCACCAUCCAUUUGACUCAAGCCCGCGAUAUAUUAACCAUACCCAUCCUUAGAAAAGAUUUUAUUAUCGAUGCUUAUCAAGUGUAUGAAACCAAAGCCAUGGGCGCCGAUUUAAUGCUUCUAAUUGCCGAAAUAUUAACCGCCGACCAAAUUGAAGACCUAAGCGCAUUGGCCCAAUCCAUAGGUCUGCAGGUUUUAUUGGAAAUGCAUAGCGAAGCACAUCUAAACAAAAUAUGCGAUACCAUCGACAUGGUGGGCAUCAAUAAUAGAAACUUGGACACCUUUGAAGUGGAUUUACAGCAUUCCAUUCGA